CGGAAGGGAGGCUGUGUUUACAAACAAAGAGGUACUUCCGGUCUCCGAGGAUCGCUCAAUGGACGUCCAGUUUUCCUCAUUUCAGGUUUUUUUUCGAAAAUUAUGUUUACCGCCGAGGAGAUAUUUCACCCAAGAACCGACAAAGACUUGUUACUUGUGUCAGUUUCUAGUUGUGUCAAAGUCAGCUGCUAGCCUGCUAGCUUAACACUCGCUCCGCCAACAUGGCAGUUUGAUUCAUUUGGACAGUCAAGAAAGUGUCAUGCACGUGUCAUGCAUCUGAGCCGCCUCCUUUUUGGACUCCUAUCGACUGGUUCCAGAACUGCACACCAGAAUUCAGCAGUCAAUGUGCGAUCAAUUUGGAUUUGUUAUUGUCACGCGAGACCACAGGCUUGGCUCGCUCAGGUCAACGUAAACAAGAUGGCGUCUGUCAGCAUCUUCCAUGAUAAUGAGCCCUCAGCUGAUGACAUUAACAACAACAAUGACAAAGAGGUUGAAGGAGACGGUGGUUCUGAAGAAAUUCAAGACCAUGUGAAUAGAGUUCUCACUGACACUGGAGCUCAUUCCAGCAAGACAAUCCCCAAGCGGGAGUCGCGCAAGAAGAGGAAGCGGGCGGGCAGUGGAGGACGAGUGGACAGUGAGGAAGAUGCAGAGACGACGAAGAAGAAGAAGCCCAGCCAACGACCUAACUACUUUGUCUCCAUCCCUAUCACCAAUUCACAGAUAAGCUCAGCAGUGUCUGAGGUCCAAGAGGCGAUGCUGGAGCAGGAACCCCGCUUGGCCAAAGCCAUGAUCCCCGUCCCCACCCUCCACAUCACACUCCUCGUCACUCAUCUGGCCGACCAAGGGCAAGUGGACCUGGCGGCGGCGGUGCUGGCCCAGGUCGAGACGUCAUUGGCAGAGCUGCUGGCGGGGGCGGAUCUGGUGCUGCCCUUCUCGGGCGUCACUCACUUCAGAAAUGAGGUGGUGUUUGUCGGCCUGACCCCCGGACUGCACAUACACACACUGCACAGCCUGGCAGACUUGUUGCGCCGCCAUUUUGAAGAACUGGGCCUCCUGGAAGGCGGUGGCCGUGGGUUCGAACCCCACCUCACCAUUAUGAAGCUGUCCAAAGCGCCAAAACUGAGGUCACAGGGUAUAAAGCGUGUGGACCCGGCACUUUACUCCAACUACACCAGCAGAUUUUUCGGCAACCAGACGGUGGAGCGUCUGGAUCUUUGUUCCAUGCUGAAAAGGAAGCAGGAGGACGGAUACUACCACACGGAGACAUCGCUGCAGCUCGGUGGGCGUCACCGAUCAGAGCCCGACGAGGCGGAGCUCCUGAGGAUUAGCAAGCGAUUGGUGGAAGAUGCCGUCAAUCGGGCUUUGCAGCAAUACAAGCAGGAAACGCUCCAGAACGGGGGCGGGCCCAACGUGCCGGCCGAGGGGACGGCAACAAAGAAGGACACUACAGCCGAUGCCGCCACAGACACCAGGAAGUGACAUCAUCGGAAGGAGUCAGCGACCUGGACAGCUCGGCGUCCACCGGGCUUGACUAACCGGGAACGCUGCGGACAGUAAGCCCGAAACCAGCGAGCUAACCUCGAAGGCUAGCCCAUCGUGCUAGCUUGACUCAGGUAGCAGGCGGAAAAAGUGCCAAGCGUGGGGUUGUUGGGUAUCUUGUCUUCACUAACCGCUAAUUUGCUGCUUUACGUCAAGAGUUGUCGCUCACGUGAUUUUUAUUUUAUUAUCGCAGAGUCAGUCCAAGAAUGCGAAAAAGAGUUGGUUGGACUUUUUAAAGCACAACAUGUUGCACGGCGAUGCAUUGGCCAAACGUGAUCUAACACUACGUCUCGUGUCCUGUAGAGGCAGCAGUGAGACAAUCAUUGUCAAGCUCCAGCGGCCAACUUGUUUCCAAGUUAGCACAAAAACGUCUCCUCUGUUAACACUAAUCAUGCUGGUGUAGAACCCAAAACGAAUGACGCUCCGAUACAGGACCGAUAACUCGUAUUCAUUAUUACGACAACCUGCUUUUUCAUUUUUGACCUUACAUAUAAUCACGUUAAGUCUUCGUUGACAAUGCACAGAUCUACUUUAAUCACGAUUUCACGUCACUUUAUUCAGUUGGGUUGGCGGCCAUGUUUGAUGUUUACGACUGAUGAUGCUAGCUAAAGACUUUUUGACCGCUGACCGAAGCCCUCUCACCCCCUAGCGGCGUGGAGCCCCACCCAUCACACACAAGCAUGGACACAACUGUUUGUUCGCAGUUAUGGACGAUCUAUAAAGACGGAUGAAAGAGUUGCGCCAACAAUAAGUCUUCACUUUUUCACCUGAUCUUUUUCCUUUUUGGGUAAAAACCAGGUGCUUCCUUUGCGUCACCUUCCGGGAAUGAUUUGCACUUUUCAUCAGUAGAAGUGACACAUGCUAAUCCCAUUUUGGCUUUUUAUUUCAUUUGUUUUCUCAGGAAAAUCAUACAUCUCCAAUUUCUUUGGUUUGGUUUGGUUUUUUAAAUACUUUGUGAAUCAAAUUGUUUUUUCAUUUCAUUUGGAAUUUUUUUCACAUAAUUCAGCGCAUUCGAAGGAAACGCAAGUAUCUCUAUUUGGCAAUGACCUUGGUUGCAUUUCAUUUCUAUUUGUUUUGGGGGGUUUUACAUAAUUUGUUGCUGUCUAAAAAAAAUGUAUCUCCGUUUUUUCAUGUUUUUAUACAAAAAUAAUUUACUUUGUGAAUCAGAUUGUUUGUUUUGUAAUUGAAUUUUGCAAUUUUUUUCCACAUAAUUCAUUGUGAUCUAAGGAAGAGCAAAUAUCUCCAAUAUUUGUUGUUUUUGUACAAAAAACAUAAAACAUGGCUGUGGGAAUCUGAUUUUUUUAAAAAAACAAACAAAAUAGAAUGAAGUGCUUUUCAAGGACUGCAGUGAAUGUUUUACUCUCCUUUUUUUGUUUAAUUUGGCAAUUAGAUUUUUUAAUUUGUAUUUGUUUUGUUUUGUUUUUUUUUUAUAAUUUUUUGCUGUAUGGAGAAAAUUAUGUAUCUUCAUUUUUUGUUUGUUUUGUGUUUUUUCCCCCAAAAAACUUCUUUGUGAAUGAGAUUGUUUGUUCUGUAAUUGCAUUUGCACGCGUAAUUCAUUGCGAUCUAAGGAAAAACAAGUACCCCCCUUUUUGUUGCUUUUAUACGAAAAACCAAAAACAUGACUUUGGGAAUCUGAAACAAACGCAAAAUCAGAUGAAGUGAUUUUCAAGAGCUGCAAUGAAAGCUUUACUGAUUUUCUCUGGAAAUGAUUUCAUUCAUUCAGUUGGUAUUUCUGGGGGUUUUUACAUAAUUUGUCACCGUCUAAUGACAAUUAUUCUUAUCCAGUUUAGUUUGUUUGUUUUCGCAGUGUGACAAAAAUCAAGUAUCUCCAAUUGUUGGUUUUACAUGAAAAACAAAAAACAUGAUUUCGUUAAUGAGAUUUGUUUUUUAAACACACAAAAUCGGGCGACACGUGCUUUUCAAGGACCGCAAGGAAUAUUUCAUUGGUUGACUUGCGGCAAGAUGAGUAAAAAAGGACGUCAGUAUAAAAGCAACCACAAGGGGGCGUAUACCGCUCUCCUUCCAUCUGUUUCUAUGUAAACACUCUUCGUUCAUGAACCUUGUGGCUUCCCGAACAUGUUUUGACUGACACGUUGGUGAAAAACGCUAUUAUUGUUUCCUUUUUUCACGCAUUGACGCUAAUAUUUAGCAUUUGUGAGCGGAGGAAGAUGGCGGGAGUUCAUCCUUUCAGUGCUGAUGUUUGCCGUCACCUCGCGGUGAAAGUGGCCUUCCGUCACUGUUGGUUUUGUCUUUUGGUUUGUUAGUUUUCCUGCCAGGCGUCGUGACGUCGCCCGUUUCUGCGGCAAAGGCAAACAUUGGACUGUUGUGUUUGAAAACGCCGCCCAACGUCAACUUCUCGUUUGUUUUUACAGCUGAUGCGCAAAAACGGCGGAGCGCUCCCGUCUUAUAGAAGAUCUUUGACUUUGCGUGUCUGUUUUUGCGGCCACACAGGUGGUCUUGCUGAGUCAUCCAUUUUUUUGAUGAACAUUUGUGACUGAUUUUCAUCUUUUGUUGUCACCAAGCCCUUAAAUCCUCUUCAAAUCCCCUUUAAUACACAACCUGUCCUUUGGCCCGCUCUAUCUCUUCACGUGCGUGUGCGUGUGUGCGCAGAUGAUUUGAUCAGUGCUUCUCCAGGGACGUUCUUGUCUCAUUCCAUCAUCACAACAAGGAACUCUUGUGUGCGUCUGUACAAAUAUGUCUUUUGUGUUUGCCUUUAAUGUGUGAGUGUGUGUCUUGUUCAUGUUGUCAUAUCUUCACAAUAAAACAGGAUAUGAGAAUCCAAAGCAAUAUCCUUGUUUUGAUGUCACGUUACAAUAAAAACAACAGCAGAGCCCUCCCGUCAUGAAGAGGAUCUUUGGGUUUUUGUAUACUGAAGAGUCUCCAGCACAAUGAAUGACAUGUCAGUAGUCACAGCUUUCAUUGCACCAAUCACAGCUGCAACGCAAGCCUCCAUUUUGGAUCCAUCACACACACACACCAUGACAAACAUGAUGUGCAGCUGUCUUCAUUUUUGGUGCCAUCAAUGAUAAACACCUUCCUGUUUCCUCCGUCCUUCCUCUCCUCUUACCUCCUCCAUCUCCUUCCCUUCUUCCUUCUUAUCUCCUCCAUCCUUCCCUUCUUUCUUAUGGCCUCCAUUUUUCAUCUCCUUCUUUUAUCUCCUCCAUUCUUCAUGUUGUUCCCUUCUUUCUUAUCUCCUCUACCCUUCAUCUCCUUCCCUUCUUUCUACUCUUAUCCCCUGCAUCCUUCAGCUACGUUUCCCAUCUCCUCCCCUUCUUCCAUCCAGCCUUCAUUCCUUCCCUUCUUUUUUCUGAUCUCCAUCCAUCCAUUUUCUAUGCCGCUUCUCCUAGUUAGGGUCACGGGUACGCUGGAGCCUAUCCCAGCUGACUUUGGGCGAGAGGCAGGAUACACCCUGGACUGGUCGCCAGCCAAUCGCAGUCUUCUGAUCUCCUGCAUCCUUUACCUACUUUUCUUAUCUCCUCCAUCCUUCAUGUUCUUCCUUUUCCUCCUCCAUCCCUCCUUUGCUUCCUUCAUGAUCUCCUCCUACAUCCGUCCUUCUGCAACACCAUCCCCCCCAUACUUCCUCCCCAUCCUUCACCUGCCUCCUUCAUCCUUCCCGUGCGUCCUUAUUGCUCCCUCCUUCCCCCCUUCCUCUGUCUUUGUCCCCUACGUCCUACCUUGGUGGGCUGUGAUUCAGUCGGGAAGGGCUAGCAGAUCGUCACACGCACACGUGCACACACAUACGAACACACGCAUGACCACAAUACAACAGACACAGGGACACACUGGCUUCGCCCCAAGUGCCCCCGUCACCAUGGCAACGGCAGAUGAGGAAAUGGAGUGUUGUGUGCGUGCGUGCGUGCGCGCGCGCGCGUGUUUAGUUUGUGCUUCCCAUUUGGACGUAAUUGAAUGUGAAAGAGCAACAGUGUGUGUGUGUGUGCUUAUAAUUCGUAAUGCGAUUGAUAUUCACAUUUAUUUACAUGUUAUGAAUACUUCUAAAAUAACGAAAAAAAGGUAUGUUAAAUUGUAAUUAUGUUAAUUUUUUUAAUCAUAUGUAAUAAAAAUAAAAUGUGCGAACCACUAAGUAACAGUAAUCAUACUGAAACAAAAGGCUCUUACCAAAACUGUCAGUGCACGAGUCAUGAUUUACCCGGAGUGCUCGGUGACACGAAAAUAGGACGAGUUGAAACAUUUAAGAAGUGGACACCAACUACGUUAGUACAGACGGGCAGACAGACAGACAGACAGACACAGACAGACAGCCUCGCUAGGCGCCAUUUUGAAAAAGAGUGUCCAGAAGGUGCCUGAAUACUCAGGUGGCACCAAACCUAUUUGUGGCGGGCUGGAAACGCCGAUGGCGGUAAAGAAAAGGAGUCUAUUUUUGUGUCCAUGCUAAUGAUGUCCCAAGUAAACAUCAGCAACGGCCGCCUACAUUGGAGCGUGCGCAUGCUGCGACGAGGAAGAAGGUGAGGAAGUGGCGACGGUGACGACGGUUGCAGAGGAAACCAUCGAGGACGACGAAGACGACGACGAAGGCUGAGGCGUGGAGGUGAUGGCUGACGGGACGGUGGACACGGUGACGGCUGACGACGACAACGCCGCCGCCGCCGAUGCAGACGUGUCGAUCUUGCUGCUGUGCGUGAUGAAGCGAAGACGAAGCUUCAUGGCCGGACGAAGAGUCAUGAUGAUUUUCUCCACCUGCACAGGAAGACGAAGGAAUCAGCAGAAGACCUCCGCCAAGGCUUCUUGAUCAGCCGAAGCGAAACGUGUCUGUUGUCAUUUGAUGACGACCACUUCCUGCUUUGUGUAGGAUGAUGCGCCAUCCUAGAGCGGACUGUAGCAUUGUCGUCACAGUGCAUAAGACACCGCAAAAAGUGACUGUAAACUUCUUGAUGGGGGAACUUUAUCUGGAUUUGCACCACGUCUCUACAAAGUUCUGUGGAAUUUGUUUUGCAAACCAACUGUGAUGAAAACCUAGUAUCAGGGCCACAUUGGAGGGAACAAAAUUGGGGAUUUCCAGAAUAAAGUUGUAAAUUUAUGGGGAAAAAAGUUGUAAAUUUAUCAGAAUAAAUUUGUACAUUUUAAAAAAAGUCUAAUUUAUGUCUAAAAAGUUGCAAAUUUACGAGAAAAAAAGUCAUAAAUUUACCAGAAUAAAGUUGCAAAGAAAAAAGUCAAAUUUAUGACAAAAAAGUGGUAAAUGUACGAGAAAAAUUGUCAUAAAUUUACAAGAAUAAAGUCGUAAAUUUAUCCGAAAAAAAAGUUGUAAAUUUAUGAGAGUUUAUGAAGUUUUACAUUAACGGAAAAAGCCUUAAAUUUACAGGAAUAAAGUUGUAAAUUUACAAAAAAGUCAUACAUUUUGCGAGAAAGAGUCAUGCAUUUACGAGAAUAAAGUUGUAAAUUAGAAGAAAAAAAAUUGCCAGAAUAAAGCUGUAACUAAAAAAAAAAGUCAAAUUUAUGACAAAAAAGUGGUAAAUUAACGAGAAAAAAGUUUUACAUUUACAAAAAAGUUGUCUUCUUUAUUCUCUUACAUUUACUAGAAAAAGUCAUUAAUUUACGAGAAUAAAGUCGUAAAUUUAAGAGAAAAAAGUCGUAAAUUUACAAGAAAAAAGUUGUAAAUUUACGAGAAAAAAUACAUUUACAAGAAUAAGUCUUAAAUUUUCAAAAGAAGAAAAGUUGUAAAUUUACAAAGAAAGUCAUACAUUUACGAGAAUAAAGUUGUAAAUUUCCCAGAAAAAAAGUUGUAAAUGUGCGAGAAAAAAGUGGAAACUUUAUGCUACAGGCAUUGCCUGAGACACCUAUGAAAAGGAGGGACUUAUGUGACCUUUGGCCUUGAGCAUUGACGGGGUCGGGGUAAGGAAGGCGGAAGUGAGAAGGGCUAGACAUGCUAAUCUGUUUGUGCUCAACUGCCCUGUUUUGCUGCCACGUUACAAAUAAAAGCUUGCCCGAAGAGGAAAGCUUCCUUCCUUCCUGAAGAGCUAUGCUCGAUUUUCCCUCUGACACCUCAUAUUACCACUUCAUUCUCAUAAAUGUACCACUUCAUUCUCAUAAAUGUACCACUUCAUUCUCAUAAAUGUACCACUUCAUUCUCAUAAAUUUACCACUUCAUUCUCAUAAAUGUACCACUUUAUUCUCAUAAAUGUACCACUUUAUUCUCAUAAAUGUACCACUUCAUUCUCAUAAAUGUACCACUUCAUUCUCAUAAAUGUACCACUUCAUUCUCAUAAAUGUACCACUUUAUUCUCAUAAAUGUACCACUUUAUUCUCAUAAAUGUACCACUUCAUUCUCAUAAAUGUACCACUUCAUUCUCAUAAAUUUACCACUUCAUUCUCAUAAAUGUACCACUUCAUUCUCAUAAAUGUACCACUUUAUUCUCAUAAAUGUACCACUUCAUUCUCAUAAAUGUACCACUUUAUUCUCGUAAAUUUACUACUUUAUUCUCAAAAUCUCAGAUUUUUGUUUCCAAUGUGGCCCUAAUCCUCCGUCGUAAAAAGGUGAACAGAAAUGGUGUAAAUAUGAAAUAAAUAUUAAGAGUUUCAUCUGGUGAGAUGUUCAAGAGAUGUCCACAGAACUGGACAUCAUUCAGCGUGUUGACUUUUUGAUCUGGUAGAUUGAGAUCUGGACUGGUUGCAGGUGAGUACUGUGCGGACACGUGUGGCAGUGCAUCCAUAUCGCACGUUGUCUGUGACAUUUUAUUCUAUUUAUCUUUGCUCGAUAUUAGCAGCGUCCAAUGUGCGGCCUGGGGGCCAUUUACUGCAUGCGGCUAUUUUAUCUUAUUGGCCCUCGAAUACAAUUAAAAAAGAAAACUACAGCAAAAAUAGAAAAAAAGAGCAGUCAUUUUACAAAAAGAGAGACAAAAUAUAGUCAUAAAAUAAGUCAUAAUAUUAAAAGAAAAAAAUAGCAAAAUCUUGAAACAUUACAAACAAAAAUAUGACUUUUUUGAAGUCAAUAUUAUGAGAAACAAAAAAAAGAAAAAUGAAGUACCAAUUUUUAAGGAGGAGGUUGUGUAAACGUUCUACCGUGACCGUAAUAAAGUCAACUUCUGAAUAAAAGACUUAAGACGUAAGAGCACAAGGACGAAAAGGAGUAAAAAAGUCUAACCUGAGAAGAAAAAGUUGAUAAUGAUAAUAAGAAUGGAGUCAUUUGUCAGCGAUAACAGAAAGCAGAGAUUCAUUUUUUAGCAUGUGCCCCAUGGUGGAAAAAGUUUGGACACCCCUUUUCAAUAUAAAGAGGAUUUUAAAAUCAUUUCAAAAUAGGUUAAAACAUUUUUUGUUUUGAAUUUUAAUUUCAUUAUUGAAACUACUUUCUUAAUUGUAUUCCUUUAUCAGUGCAUUUAUUCAUUUCUUACAUUCACCCGAGACCGGUUGCCAGCCAAUCACACGGCACUCUAAAUGGAAUGACUUGGCAAAAUAUCCGUCCUUCCAUGACUAUUAUGAAUCCAUGUGUACUCCUACUGUA